AAGCAGGCACUCAGAGACUGAAGGGGUAGGCGAGAGGGAGGGAGGCACUCAGCAGGCAGAGCAGAGAGGCAAGGAGGGAGCUCAGGGCUUGGAGCUGGGUACAGCUGCGAACACCCUGUUCCAAUCCUCCUUCAUCCUUCCCAUCCCAGCCACCUUCCUCCCUGACAGCCACCGGAGCAGCAGCCGGACACAGACCCCUUCCAGACAGGUGCGACUGAACCAUGGAGCUCCGAGUGGGGAACAAGUAUCGUCUGGGCCGAAAGAUUGGCAGUGGUUCCUUUGGAGACAUUUACCUGGGUGCCAAUAUUGCCACUGGGGAAGAAGUUGCCAUCAAAUUGGAAUGUGUCAAAACCAAGCACCCCCAGCUCCACAUCGAGAGCAAGUUCUACAAAAUGAUGCAGGGAGGAGUUGGUAUUCCCUCCAUUAAGUGGUGUGGGGCAGAGGGUGACUAUAAUGUGAUGGUGAUGGAGCUCCUGGGACCCAGCCUGGAGGAUCUCUUCAAUUUCUGCUCCCGCAAGUUCAGUCUCAAGACUGUUCUGCUCCUGGCAGACCAGAUGAUCAGUCGUAUAGAGUACAUUCAUUCCAAGAACUUCAUCCACCGGGAUGUGAAGCCAGACAAUUUCCUCAUGGGGCUUGGCAAGAAGGGCAACCUUGUGUACAUCAUCGACUUUGGCCUGGCCAAGAAGUACCGAGACGCCCGGACCCACCAGCACAUCCCAUACCGGGAAAACAAGAACCUGACUGGCACAGCCCGCUAUGCCUCCAUCAACACCCACUUGGGAAUUGAACAAAGUCGCCGUGAUGAUCUGGAGAGCUUGGGCUAUGUGCUCAUGUACUUCAACCUGGGUUCGCUGCCCUGGCAGGGCCUCAAGGCUGCCACCAAGCGCCAAAAGUAUGAGCGUAUCAGCGAGAAGAAGAUGUCAACACCCAUUGAGGUGCUCUGCAAAGGGUACCCUUCUGAGUUUUCCACAUACCUCAAUUUCUGCCGCUCACUGCGGUUUGAUGACAAACCCGACUACUCGUACCUGCGGCAGCUCUUCCGUAACCUCUUCCACCGCCAGGGCUUCUCCUACGACUAUGUCUUCGACUGGAACAUGCUCAAAUUUGGAGCAGCCCGAAACCCUGAGGACAUGGAUCGGGAGCGGCGAGAGCACGAGCGAGAAGAGAGGAUGGGGCAACUCCGGGGUUCUGCCACACGGGCACUGCCACCCGGCCCCCCUGCUGGAGCCACAGCCAACCGUCUUCGCAACGUUGCGGAGCCCAUGGCCUCCACACCCGCCUCCAGAAUCCAGCAGUCCGGAAACACGUCCCCCAGGGCAAUCUCCCGAGUGGACAGGGAGCGGAAGGUCAGCAUGAGGUUACACAGGGGAGCUCCUGCCAACGUCUCUUCCUCCGACCUCACAGGGCGGCAAGAGGUGUCACGGAUUUCAGCGUCACAGACGAGCGUGCCAUUUGAUCACCUUGGGAAGUGAGGAGAAGAUGUCCCCGGACCAGUGUUUGCUUAGUGUCUUCACUGUAUUUUUCUUUUAAA